AUGAACGAUUCUUUCCUAGAAGACUUAGAAUUAGUGCCUACUGACGUUAAAACUGUAAAUACCUAUCCAGUGGACCGGCAUGUAACGUCAAGAAAUGCAACGUCCUCCCCUCUGCAACACAUGCCGCAAGGCAAGAGGGAAAAUGUACACAUUGAAAAACAGUCCGGUGUUAAGGAACCAAAUAUAAAAGACUUGAAGAAACUGUCUGAGCAAGACACAAGGAAGCAACAAAUGAAAGUAAGAAUAACUGAGAGGAAAGAGAAACCUGUUGAUAGUAAGCUGAAGCCAAUUGAAAAUAAGGUAAAAAGCGAUGGGAAAGAACAAGAAGUCAAAGAUGAUGCUAAAGCAAAGAUUAAGGAGUCAAGAAUGAAAAUUUCUGAAAGCAAAAUGGUUGCGAAAGAUAGGAUGAGGCGUUCAGGAAGUUAUAAGGAAAAUGCCCAAGCUUCAGACGUGUCUGCUAAGGAAAAUAGCAGGCCACCCGAUUACCUAAAAGAGGGAACUUCCCAAAUGGAAGUUGCUAAAGAAAAAUCGAAAGCCUGUGAUCUUAGAAAAGUGGAAUCCAAAGAAACUGAUCCAAUUGCAUUGCUCAAUGCCAUCAAAGACAUUGUGAGUAUAUACACAAAGCAGGAGAGCACAAAGAUUCUGAGGGCAAUGCAAGAACUGCACUUUAAUUCUCAAGCAAAUCUCAUUAAACAUCUGUUAUGUCAAACAGAUGAUAUAAUCAAUGAGAUGCAUCCUAGCAAAGAUUCCAACAGAGUAAAAGGUCUAAUUGAACAGAAUGAGAGAUUACAAGAGGAUAUUGUUCUUCUACAAAGGAAAAAUGAAGAAUUACAGAAAAAGUUGGAGGACUAUGAGUUUCUGAAGCAAGAAAAUGUUGCACUAAAGUUGAAAUGCAAGGAAUUAUCCAAGCAAUAG